CCCCUCCCCAGUGUUUCCGCCCGAGCAGCGCCGAGUGGUCCGAGUUACCACCAUGUAAACACUCCUCAGACCGUACUGAUAAUUAUUUAUCGAGCAGCGGCGACUGUAGAAGAAGAAGAAGAAACGUUGUUUCGCGGAUUAAAGCUAGCGGAGGGAGACUGAACAUUACGGCCGUGAUUAACACACUGCAGCAGCAGCAGAUGGCCGGCGACAGCGGGGAGAGGAAACGGCUGCCGAAGAGACCUUCAUCCGGCCACCGAGCGGAGAAAGCGAGCGGCAGCGGAACCGAGACGGACAGGAUUCCGGCCAGACUCGUGAGCUGUGGGGAUCGAGGGGGACGUAAGGAGCGGAGAGGGAAAGAAAACAGCGCGGGGAGAGCGAGCGCGUCGGCGCGCGCAAACCCGGAGAAGAUGGAGGACGCGGAGUGCUGCGGAUCCGCCGACAGGGCAGACCCCGGCCUCUUCUUCGAUGAGGACAGCAACCACAUUUUCCCAGUAGAGCAGUUCUUCGGAAACCUGGACGCAGUUCAGGACAUUUCACGCAAAUCUACUGGCACAGAGGGAAUGAGCAGACGAGAGUACAGGAGGCGUCAUUACUACGCCAAAGAGGACAGUGACGAGGAGCAGACAUAACACACACACAAGCUGACUUUAAAACUCUGACGCAACCAUUGUAUGUACUUUUAUUGAAAAUUUGUACAGUCAUUUGUAAUAAUGGCAGAAAAAAGUUUUUCUUUAUGUACAGAAAAAAGUUUCCAAAAGAGCACUUGUGUGGGUUUAUCUAAUGUUAAAAACUAUAAUUUUGAAGUUGUAAAGAAUUUUCUUUUGUAAGCAGCUCUGUGCAGAGUUUUAACUAAUUUAAUGUAACUUCAAAAAAAAUUUUUUUUUAAAGGAUUUUACUAUUUCUAUAUGACAUCCGCCUGUUUUUCCAUCCACUCUCAGUUCUACCAUCAUCCUUAGUGCGCAAUAUAUUACUAUCAGUCAGUCUCAUUUCAGGGAUUAUGAUUGUAACAGUUGUAAUCACAGUGAAGAAGGUUUUUGAGUAUUAAACCAGCUUGAGUUUUUACAUUUUCAGUGUUGCAGCUACAAUACAGUGACUCUAGGCCUUGAUAAAGAGCAUAUUAAAAAUAUUGCAAAAAUAUAUUAGCAGAGCUUAAAACAAUGCCUCAGCUUCUUUUAUAAAAAGAACUAAAUGUAGUUUUGAUUUUCGGGAGGUUUUUGUGUUGGUAAAGUAUGUCUGAGUAGCACUGAUUGUAAAUCAAGAGCUUACACUUGUGAAAAAGUACAGGAGUACGUGGGAUUGAAGUCUGAGAUGAAGCUUUAUGAAAGUUGAACUUGCAUGGCACAGAAGCACAGUAGUGCUGCAGGAAGAGAAAGGUACAUCAGAAGGUAGUUAAUCUGUAUUUAAUUGAAUUUUUUUUUUUUUAAUGUGAAAUACAUUGAAAAUGAAGAGCUUGAAGAAACCCUGGGCCCUUCAGCAUGGCUACAUACAUUCACUCACAAACACACACACACACACAUCCUGAGCUCAGGUUACUGUCUGUGUGGAGUGGACUGGCAACUCUAAAUUGCCCCUGGGUGUAAACAAGUGUAUGAAUGUGUGCCUGAAUGUUGCCCAGCGAUGGACUAGUGUCCCGUCCAGGGUAUAUUCCUGCUUCAUCCCAGUGUUCCCAGGAUAGGCCCCAGAGCCACCACAACCCUGCCCAGGAUAAAGCACUUACUGAAGGUGAAUGAAUAUUAUCCACAAGGCCAGUUUUAUCAUGUGCAGGUAUAAACAUGUUCAUAACUUCCCCUGCCAAGAAAGACGCUUUUAAGCUACAACAUUUACGUUUUGGUAUUAUAUAAUUCAUUAGCCUGUCUGUACAUAAAAUAGCUUUAUUAUGAAGCACAUAAGUUAAGAACAUAAUUGGUAGCUGCAGUCUUUUUAUAAACAGACUGCUGUGUGACAAGACAACGUAAUGUGGACAGGAGGUUCAUUUUAUACGUCAUGUGAUGUCAGUUAAGUGCCUCAGUCAGGAAAAAUCAUCGUGUUAAUGUUUGUAAAGACUCUUAAAUAACAGUUUGAUGUUUUUUCUGCUUCUGUAAUAUUCUCCUUGAUCUCAUAUAUAUAUAUAUAUAUAUAUA